AUGGCAAGGGAGGCAGUGAAGGUGGGAAGCUGUGGUACCGCACACCCCUCAAAAAGACGAGGAGGAGGUGCUGAGGAGGCAGAGGCAACUGCGAGGAGGCGGUGCGCUGGUGUGGUGCGCUGGCGUGGCGCGCUGGCGUGGCGCGCUGGCGUGCGCGCUGGCGUGCGCGCUGGCGUGCGCGCUGGCGUGCGCGCUGGCGUGCGCGCUGGCGUGGCGCGCUGGCGUGCGCGCUGGCGUGGCGCGCUGGCGUGCGCGCUGGCGUGGCGCGCUGGCGUGCGCGCUGGCGUGCGCGCUGGCGUGCGCGCUGGCAUGGGCGCUGGCGUGGCGCGCUGGCGUGCGCGCUGGCGUGCGCGCUGGCGUGGCGCGCUGGCGUGCGCGCUGGCGUGGCGCGCUGGCGUGCGCGCUGGCGUGCGCGCUGGCGUGCGCGCUGGCGUGGCGCGCUGGCGUGCGCGCUGGCGUGGCGCGCUGGCGUGCGCGCUGGCGUGCGCGCUGGCGUGGCGCGCUGGCGUGCGCGCUGGCGUGGCGCGCUGGCGUGCGCGCUGGCGUGGCGCGCUGGCGUGCGCGCUGGCGUGCGCGCUGGCGUGGCGCGCUGGCGGGCCUGCUGGCUAA